AUGUAUAUAACACCCUUUAUGAAACAAUGCUUUGUGACACUGGGCGCAUCCAUCAAUCAAGCAAUAAUAGCAAUGGUACCAAGUUAUACCGCACGCUUACUGCCUCAACUGCGUCGAGAUGACUCCACCAUACCGAUAGACGAUAACUCUGCUUCUUGGAUUGCCUCCAUUCACGGAUUUUCGUUAUUUGUGGGUAAUUUAUGUUUGCCUUUAAUUAUGGGACUAUAUGGCAGAAAACCAGCGAGUCUAGUUAGCAUUACAACAUCCCUAAUUGGUUGGGUGUGUAUAGGUUUAAGUGACAACAUAACUUUGAUCCUUGUUGGAAAGCUUUUUCAUGGAUUCUCAAUGGGUAUGGUAAAUUCCUUACCAUCUAUCGUAAUUGCUGAAUAUACAAGUCCUAAGAAUCGAGCACUAUUAACAUCCAUGACACUUAUUCAAAUCUCACUCAUGACUAUGCUAGUACAUACUGCAGGGUCUUAUCUUGGUUGGAAAUUUACUGCUUUAAUCUGUAUAUUGAUUACUUUUCUGGGUAUAAUAAUAAUCAUAAUGACUCCAGAAUCUCCUAGCUGGCUAGCUGAUAAAGGACGAUACGAAGACUCGAAACGAGUAUUUUUUUGGCUCCGUGAAAAAGAUGAAGCAAAUGAGAUAGAAAAUACUAUAAGUGCUACCAGAAAAAGAAGAAAUAAAAGAAAAAGUACAAGCACAAAAGACUUUUUGAACGAAACCAAAACAAAGUUCUUUAAGAAUUUAAAUGCAAUUAAAUUAAGAGAAUGCUACCUGCCAGUUUUGAUAAUGAUCCACGUAUAUACAUUUACCCAUUGGUGUGCCUCAAAUCCAGUAAUUAAUUAUAUGCAAGAUAUUUUUUCUACCUUAACCAGCCCUGAUACCGAUAUUAAUCUACAAAUAAUGUUUACAGAUAUUUUAGGGCUCUGUUAUAAUAUAAUCGCAGUUUUUGUUAUGAGGAAAUGUAAAAGAAGAUUUAUUCUCUGCACUUUUCUUAGUUUAAAUAUAUUUGUCUUACUGACCACUGCCCUUUAUUCCUAUUGUAAGGCAUAUAACAUGCUGCCUUUUGAUCAUCCUAUUAUAGGAAUCUUAUUAAUACAUUUGCUAUUAUUUUCAUUUUUAGUUGGUAUAUUCCCUCUUUCAAUUACUAUAGAUGGUGAAAUAUUUUCACUAGAAUAUCGUAGUUUUUCUGCUGGUAUUACUACUUUAUACUUUACAGUAGCUAUAUCUGCGUCCAUAAAAUCAUUUCCAUAUCUUAAGAAUUCAAUAGGAUUACACGGCGCAUAUUUAAUGUAUGCUGGUAUAAGUAGUUACUGUUUAGCAUUUUUAUUAAAAUUCAUGCCUGAAACUAAAAAUAUGACUCUUAUAGAUAUUGAGAAUAAGUUUCAAAAUGGAAACACCAAGGUUACAUCAAAUGAUGAUUCUUAUUUAGUUCGGCCUCUAACAUUACAAGAUCUAAAUACUGUUAAAUAG